AUGUCUUCCGAAGCUCCAUCCCAGCAUCCAAAUAAUCCACCAGGGUCCAGAAGCGACAAUCGCAAACUACUUCUCGUCUCUCUUCUUACUCUACUCAUCGCCGCGCUCAUUGCAUUUUUCGCGCGCGAUACCGCCACAGUGUCUAGCUUCCGUCGCCUCUUUGGAUCAUCCACCCGUACCGCUCGCUCGGUAGCUCCUCUCUCGGCAUCGGCAUCUGUAGCCGCAGCAGCUUCCGCAAAAGCCAAAUUUACUUCUGAACUCGAGAGUUCCAGUGCCAGCAUGAAGACUCCAGUUUAUUUCCUGAGCCAUGGAGGGCCUAAUGUCAUGUAUGAUGUCGAGCACCCAGCAUACCGCAAGCUUGGAGAAAUCGGGCGCGAGAUUACCACCAAGGUUAAGCCCCGCGCAGUGGUUGUCUUUUCGGCGCAUUGGCAGGGUGGGAAGGAUACUAUCUACGUCAACACAGCUGAGAUGACGGAUUUGAUUUACGAUUUCUAUGGUUUCCCAGACCAUUACUACAAAGAGACGUAUCCCAACGUCGGCAGCAAAGAAGUCGCGCAUAAAGUCCUCGACCUGCUGAAGGAAGCGGGGAUCGAAUCCAAGGGCGUAAAACGCGGCCUCGACCACGGCGUCUGGGCUAGCUUCAAGUGCGCCUUCGAACCAGAAGAGAACCCCCUAAACAUCCCAAUUGUGCAAGUCUCCCUCUUCGACAACGAAGACCCUAUCCAACACUACCGCCUCGGCCAAGCCGUUUCCCGCCUCCGCGAAGAAAACAUCUUAAUCAUCGUCUCGGGAAUGGCAGUCCACAACCUGCGUGACCUGCGCUAUGCAUGGGGUAACCCGCGCCCGUUGCCGUACGCUGUUAGUUUCGAUGAGGCGCUUAAGGAGGCUGUUACUUCUGCCCCGGAUGAGCGGGAGCAGGCUAUGGCUGCGUUGCUUAAGAGGCCUGAUGCGCGCCAGGCGCAUCCGACUUUCGAUCAUUUGCUUCCUAUUCACAUUGGGGCGGGCGCAGCGGGGAUGGACUUGGGCAAGAGGACUUGGACGUAUCCCGAGGGCAGUAUGAGUUGGUCGCAGUUCAGGUUUGGGGAUGUGGGGAAUGCUAGUUCGUUGUAG